AUGGGGGCGUGGCCUCACAGUGACAUCACCCAGGGGAGGAGUGGCCUCACCUGUUGUUCUCAGGUGGUCCGGGUGUCCCGGUUGUCCGGAGCAGAGCGUCCCCUGGAGGUGUUUUACUUCAUGGAGGGUCCAGAUGGAGAGAGGAUCCCGGCCGAGGUGACCGCCGCCACCCUGAACCGCCUGGACCUGCAGAGAGCCGCCAUCGUCCUUGGACACCGAGUCCAGAGACCGCUGGCCCAACCUGUGGAGACUCUUUCCGUCCCCCCGGCGGAGACCCAGAGCAGCAGCAUCUGGCUGAUCGUCGGCGUGGUCGUCCCCGUCCUGCUGGCCGUCUUCAUCAUCAUCAUCCUCUACUGGAAGCUGUGCGGCUCCGAGAAGCUCGAGUUCCAGCCGGACGCCAUCAACACCAUCCAGCAGCGGCAGAAGGUCAGGUCAUCAGGAGACGGGUUCACCUCACCUAUCAGGUAUGAAACCAACCUGCCGGCUCAAAUGUCUGUCUUCUUUCAGCUUCAGGCUCCCAGCGUCAAAGGCUUCGACUUCGCCAAGCUUCACCUGGGGCAGCACAGCAAAGACGACAUCAUGGUGAUCCAGGAGCCUGGCCCCCUACCUGCACCCGUCAAAGAGGCCACGCCCUCUGACGCCGGAGAUCUCAACACCCCAAAGUCCAAAGGGUCGUCCACCAAGGUGGCCCGGUCGAGCCGCCGCAGGGACAGGCUCAGCCCGUCAGACCGCGACUCGUUAGGAAGCGACCAAUCCAGCGGCAGGGAGUCGGCGGAAGAGAGCACCAGACCUGUGGCCACGCCCAGUGACGCGAAACAGCACAGAAAGACGUCCAAAAAUGGGAGGAACAAGAUGGCCGGUCCAGCUGGUAGCGGUCCAGACGAACUCCUGUCCUCGUCCUCCAUCUUUGACCAUGUCGACCGUCUGUCCCGUGGUUCCUCCGAUGGCACCCGUCAUCAGGCCAACAAGGUGCAGCUCAUUGCCAUGCAGCCGCGACCCAGUCCACCGCCGCUACACCCCUCUCUGCAGCCGAGCCCCUCGCUGACCGAGAAGGUCAACACCGAGGUGGCGCUGCGGCACAAGUCAGAGAUCGAGCAUCACAGGAACAAACUGCGACAGCGAGCCAAGCGGCGGGGCCAGUGCGAGUUCCCCUCCAUGGACGACAUCAUGGAUGCGUUUGGAGAUGGACCGGUCCAAAGCGAGGUGGCACAGCGACUCUAUAGCUCUGCCCAUGACCACAUGGACUGCAUCCUGCAAGCCGACGCCCCCUCGCCCACCCCCACCGACUCCAGGAAAAGAGGGAGGUGCUCUCCUCGGGGUCGGCGGGCUCAACCAGGACCUGGAAGUCUUCCUGAUACAGACCGAGACCGGCUGCUGACGGACCAGAGCGCCACCUACAGAAAGUACCCAGGAUUCAACAACGUGGCCUACAUGUCGGACCCCGCUGCCCCCGACCAUGGCAGCCCCUCCCCCACUGAUGAGGUGUGACCCCCCCCAGCCCCUCCCCCCUACAUGCCCCCCCAGCCCUCCAUUGAAGAGGCUCGGCAGCAGAUGCGCUCUCUCCUGGACGACGCCUUCGCCCUGGUAUCGCCGUCCUCACAGGGCAGCACCGGGGUGAGCGGGGUAAGCCCUGCCCUGCCCAGCCCUUCCCCUCAGCAGGCCCCCGGCCGGCAGUGGGGCUCUUACCCAGCAGCCCCCUCUCACAGCCCCUUUUCUGCAAGAUAUGCGGAGCUGGGGAUGUCGCCCUCAUUGGUCCAGGGUCUGCUGCAGAGGCAGGGCCUGAGCUCUGGAGUGUAUGUUUCUACUGGAGACCAGCUGCAGGAUUCAGUUUACUCCAGCAGAGGGCAGUACGAGGACCCUCCCUCCUCCUCCAGACCACGACCUGUAGGGGGGAGCACAGGUGCACAGCUCCACCACCUGACCCAGGUGGGCCUGUCCAGUCAGAUUGGUGCGUAUCCUGGGGUGGGUCGCAGCAUGUCUGGGCCCACCGGCUCCAGCUGGAACCAGCAGCACUCAGACCAGGACCUGUCCAGACCGGGAGCCAGCAGAGAAAGCGUGCUGUCCUUUCCUGAGUUCUCCUCUUCCUCAGUUUUCCAGAUGCCCAGCUCCUCGUUGCGGGAUCCGUCAGCUCCACCUCUCCUCCUGACCUCACCGACUCCCGAGUAUCCGCCGGAUGAUGCCUCGCCGUCCGCCCACACCUCCGCCUCCCUUAUAAAGGCUAUCAGGGAGGAGCUGCGACGUCUGGCCCAGAAACAGGCUGCAGUGACCAGCUACCCUUAGACUGGUUUGAACCUCUUUGGAUCAGGACUCAGCUGGUUUCAAACCUUUUAAACCACUCAGAGCCUGCAAAGACUGGAUUAAAACCCUAGAACUAACUAAUGUACACUCUAGACUGUCUCUGUGCCGCUAAGCCCAAAAUAACUCUGAACCACGAUUCAUGUCUGAAAACAAGGACAGUGUCUCCUGAAGACCUCCGGUACUUUACAGGGUCCCGUCUUUCUGUUUGUCGAUCCAUCAUCCCCCCCCCAACUC